GAGGAGUACAAUUUUAAGGAAAGCGAGGAAGUACAUACGAGUUCUCUCCUCAAACUUCUGACUUCUGAACUUAGGAAACUGCAAACAACAUAAUCCACGGGAAAGAUCUUGAUUGUCAAGUUGAUUUGAUGACUCAUCUCCUUCAACAACACAUUUUCAGCAACGCUUGAUAACAACAAUGGCAGUCGACGGAAUUCCGCCAAUCAUCGCAGCUCAGCUAAAUUACCUUCUCUCUCACUCCCCUUUCUCUAUCAAGGUUGAGCAAAUGUGGUCUGGCUCCAAAAAUCACCCUUGGAUUGAUCGAUUCACUUUGCUCAUACCCUUCUGCCUCGAUAUUAUCAAAUGGGAUAUUAUAUACAAUGUGGAGAGUCCAUUAUCAGCACCGGAUGUAAUAUUUGGGGCAGAAGAUGAUAAAUUUCUUCCCUUUAUUUUAUCUAGUGAUCCUAACAAGUCACCGAUGAAUAAUUUUAACAAUUGGAAUUGCAGAGACCCUUCUAAAUUACUAUCUUUUAUUCUUCAACUCAGGGAAUUGUAUUCAGCUUAUCAGUGGAAGCGUGUCGGAGAUGUCGAUGAUGAGAGGGUGAAGUUUGAAAUCAGCACUCUGUUGUCCAAAGAGGGGAUCGAGAUGUCUUUUAGUUCAGGGGUUGAAAAGCCAGAGGAGGUUAAAAUUGCCAUACCAUUGCUUGAUACGAGCAUAAAUAGUAUGAUUACUGCUUGCCCCUGGAGACAGCAACAAAAGAUUUAUCUACAGGUAGUAUAUCCAAUUGGUAGAAAGUACCAAUCUGCUCCAUCAGCUCCACGUUUGAAAUUGGUAUCAACUCCAGAAUUGAGAUCUCUAUUUUCUGUUGAAGAUGUCAAGCUCCCUAAGUGGUUAGACGGAAUGUGCAUGGCCGAAUAUCUUCCUGCAUUAGAAGAAACUGUGCAGAUGCAGGUUUUGGAGGCAGUUUCUCUUAUUGGAGUCAGAAAGCACUUUAUUGAGAUAUUGCCUAUUGUCUUUGGGAGACCUUUAGAAGCUGAUCCAAUAUUUUGCAGAAAGGCAACAUUUCUUGUUGCUAACGGAGUAUUUACAUUUUUGGUGCAUUUUCUUAUUCCCAUCCAAUUCCCUAAGCAACAACCAACUCUGAUCCUUCAAAGUUCACAGCAUUUCAACACGCAAGGGGUCCCAGUCAGGUCACCUGCUAUGUCUGAGUAUCCAUGGAGUCCUCGAUGGGAACCAUCAGAAAUGGCUUCUCGAAUAUUUGAUUUAUUAGUCGAAGAGUCCUUCAACUUCAAGAAGAUCUGCAACGAUGCCCUGCAACGUUAGGACGUGUACCUGUUGCUAAAGAUGUUAAAUAUUUUCAGAAGUUAAAAGUGAAUUAUCGAUUAGGAUUCCUUUUCCAGUGUGGUAAUCGGUUUCGAUUUAUUUUCCUUUGUGCUGGAAAUUCUUCCUUUUGGUUGGAAAAAAAAUGGAGUUGUUGAUAUUCUUUCUAAUUUAAUGUGUAGUUUACAUCUUAUUUAUAUA